GUUUAAAAGAAGUCUCAAAAGGCAAAAAGGAUUUGAAAAAGAUUGCUGAUGAAUAUCUGACUUUAAAAGCUAAAGUUUUGGAAAAAACAGUAAAUAAACUCCUGACCUUGAAGCGUAAAAAAGUACUGUUGAUAUUAGGUAGCGGAGGCAUGGUCAAAUCAACAUUUAAUCGCUAUCUUGCUCGUCGUCUAUGGCAAUAUGUCAAACAAGACAUGACGCAACCUAUUCCUUUAUUUAUCGCAUUAGCGCCACUAGAAGAGUUUAUAAAUAAAAAUCAGGAUUUUAUUGAAGUCUAUUUGCGGGAAAAAGGCAAACUGACCACAGAUCAAAUUAAAGAAUUGCGCAAUAGGAAGUUUGUAUUUAUUUUAGAUGGUUAUGAUGAGAUUGCUGAACGUGAACGUCAUUGCUAUAACAGCAAUAUGUUCUCUAAAUGGAAAAAUGCGAAAAUUAUCAUCAGUUGUCGACCAGAAUACUUAGAUGUAGGUUAUGAAAAAAGGUUCUGGCCUAAAGAAAAUGGAAAAAGAGGGUUCCAGGAACUGACACUUACACCAUUUGAGUGGGAUGAAAUAGGACAAUAUAUUAUAAAAUAUGUUGAUUAUUCCGAGAAGAAAGGUAGUCCAUUACCAUUAAAUGCAGACACAUAUAUACAGCAAAUAAAAAAUAUACCACAAAUAAAAGAUCUUGUGUGCAAUCCCAUUCUAUUAAAAAUUACUUUGACUGUGUUACCAAGCCUUCUCGGAAAAACAAAAACGUCUCAAAUAAAUCGUAUGGUUUUGUACGACGAAUUUAUUGUGAAAUGGUUUGAGCGUGCUCAAAAUCGCUUGCAAAGCAUUCAACUAAAACCUAAAGAACGAGAAGAGUUUGAUAGCUUAAAUGUAGACUUUACUAAACAUUGUUUACAAUUUGGGAAUGCAGAUGAAAAAAGUCGCUUGAUUCGUUUUAGCAUGCCAUUAAUUCGACGCGGAAAUCAAUAUUGGUUUUUCCAUAAAUCAUUACGAGAUUACUUAAUCGCUUGUGUAUUGUUAGAUUCAUUUACUGAUACAUCACAGACAACCCUCUUCAACAAGCACUCGAUUAUACCAGAACCUGCAAUUCAACAAUUUUUGGCCGAACGAGUCCAACAAAUGCCAGAACACAUAAAAUCGUUGUUUAAUUUUAUUGAGUGUUCUAAAAAGAACUUACUUCAAUGGAUGAUAAAGUUACUUCGAUGUAUGAAAAUGUGA